AUGGCCGAUUAUGAGAAGGGGCAGGCCGAGCCCGUGGCCAAAGCUGGGCCCGGUUCCGUGAACCAGGCGGAGUAUGCCGAGUACAACCCCGACAUAGCCCUCGUGGAGGCAGCAGCAGCAUCCAGCGAGGCGGAAACAAAGCUCCCUCGCAAGGAGCUCUUCAGCCGGUACUGGCCAGCAGCCGUCUACAGUAUGCUCCUCAGCAUGGCUUUGGUCAUGGAGGGCAUGGACGUUGGCCUGAUCAACAACUUCUUCGGCCAAAAAGCAUACAAGGACAGGUUCGGAUGGCCCGAUGCGAAUGGCAAGCAACACAUCCCCAGUUCAUGGCAGGCGGCCAUUGGCAACGGAAACAACCUGGGCAGUAUCAUCGGUCUUUUGUUGAACGGCUACUUGCAGUCCCGCUUCGGGAGUCGCAAGGUCUAUAUGGGAUCCAUGGCUCUGAUGGGUGCCACGAUCUUCACCCUGUUCUUCGCCGUCAACGUCCAGAUGCUCUUCGCAGCCAACAUCCUAUGCGGCAUCCCCUGGGGAAUAUUCCAGACUCUGACAACCGCAUAUGCGGCCGAGAUCUGCCCCACGGCCAUGCGAGGUUACCUGACAUCCUGGGUGUCCAUGUGCUGGGGCUGUGGCUCGUUCCUGGCCGCCGGGGUAUUGCGUGGAUCACUGGGUCUCCCGGGCGACCUGGCAUGGCGUGUUCCUUAUGCCCUUCAGUGGGUCUGGGUCGUCCCUCUGUUCAUCGUCGGCUUUGUGGCCCCCGAGAGCCCCUGGUACCUCGUUCGUCGUGGACGCCUCGAAGAUGCCGAGAAGGCUCUGCGCCGCCUCGCGCGCAAGGGCCACUACACGGAGCAGAGCAUGGCCGAGACGCUCGCCCUGAUGAGGCAUACCAACGAGAUGGAGAAGAUCGAGGCGGCGGGUGCAACCUACCGCGACUGUUUCCGCGGCACCAACCUGCGCCGAACCGGCAUCGUCUGCAUGGCCUGGAUCAUCCAGAUCCUCAACGGCCAGGCCAUCUGCGCCUACGCCGCCAUCUUCCUGCAAUCGGCCGGCAUGCCCCAGGUGCAGGCCUUCAACUUCAACAUGGGUAUCCAGUCGGUAAACAUCGUGGGCACGGCGAUUGCCAUCUCGCUGAUGGGCAGGAUUGGGCGUCGCAUUUUCUUUUUCUACGGAUCAUCGAGCAUUGGUCUCCUCAUGCUGGUCAUCGGCAUCUUGGGCUUUGUCCCGGGCGCAGACCACGUCGCCAUAACCGUGGCUGUCGUCUUGAUUCUUGUCAACCUGAUCUUCAAGCUGUCUCUCGGCCCCACGACCUACACGAUCGUGGGGGAGACGCCCUCGAGCCGUGUCAGGGCGCAGACCAUCGUGCUCGGCCGCGCCAUGUAUGUUGUUGGCCAGAUCAUCCUGCAGCAGCUCAACCCGCGCAUGCUCAACGCGAGCAGCGACGCGUGGAACUGGGGCGCCAAGGCUGGCAUGCUGUAUUUUGGACUGUGCUGCAUCUGGGCCGUCUGGAUCUUCUUCUUCCUGCCCGAGACGAAAAACCGCACAUUUGCAGAGCUGGACUACCUGUUCCAGAAGAGGGUUCCGGCGCGCCAGUUUUCUUCGCACCCUGUUCACUUGUUCGAGCUUACCGUGCCUGGCGAGAAGUAG